AUGAAAGCUUUUUUGAGAGCACCGACGCUGAGAGGGUAUGUUUCCAUCUUUAUUCUGUUCUCGGGCAUCAUAAACAUAAUCGCAGCCGUUACUCACUAUUCUAUUCCAGAGGAAAUGGAGGAAGGUUCUGUUGUUGCCAAUUUAGCGACUGACUUAGGUCUUGAUGUUAGGAGUUUGAUCGAGCGCAAAAUGCGGAUAGACGUGCUCGCCAACAGAAAAUAUCUCGACAUAAACAAAGGGACGGGAGAGCUGUUCAUCACGGAAAAAAUUGACAGAGAAUACUUGUGUCCAUCUAAAACAACAAAUUCGUGUUUUUUGAAGCUAGAUGCUACGAUAGAAAGCCCAGUUAGAAUGUUUAAUAUAGAACUGGAGAUUCUAGAUAUAAACGAUAAUGCGCCACAGUUUCGUAGGGACACGAUGCAUUUAGACAUAUCUGAGUCUGCCGCAGCCGGCGAGCGAUUCUCUUUGAACAACGCUGUUGACUCUGAUAUAGGCAUAAAUUCAAUUAAAACAUAUUAUCUCAGUGAAAGUGAACACUUUGCCAUCGAGAUCCAAGCUGGACGCGAUGGCUCAAAGUUUGCAGAUUUGAUUCUGAAGAGGGCUUUAAAUCGAGAGGAACAGGCUGCUCAUAAACUGAUACUCACAGCUGUAGAUGGCGGAGUCCCCGCGCGCUCGGGUACUGCUGUCAUUAUUGUUCGCGUGCUUGAUACUAAUGACAACGCCCCACAGUUCGACGAAGAACGCUACAUAGUGAAUUUAACAGAAAAUUCCCCAAUUGGAAGCCUUGUUGUAAAAUUAAACGCAACAGACUUAGAUGAAGGGACAAAUUCCGAAAUAGUUUACUCUUACAGCCUCUAUACUUCAGAGAAAACACAGGAAACAUUUAAUUUAAAUCCUAAAACUGGCGAAAUUCGAAUCCAAGACACGAUUAAUUACGAGGACUUAAGAGUCUAUGACAUGGAAGUAAUAGCAAAAGAUAAAGGGGCAAAUUCUUUAUCUGGGCAAUGCAAAAUAACUAUUUUAGUAACCGAUGUGAAUGAUAAUCACCCUGAAAUUUCCAUAAAAUCAUUUCAAAGCACAGUAAGGGAGGACGUACAUGUUGAUACAGUGAUUGCUGUUGUAUCUGUGACUGAUAAAGACUCUGGAGAAAAUGGAAACAUCGACAUACAUAUUUCCGAUCUUCUGCCUUUCGCCUUGAAAGAAUCUUCCGAUAGCUAUUAUGAACUCGUUGUUUCAGAACCUCUGGACCGUGAAAAGGUUCCAGAGUAUGCAAUCACUAUUACAGUUACAGACAGAGGAUCCCCACAGUUAUCUGACAAUGAAACGAUAACUUUGGAGCUUUUAGACGUUAAUGACAACGUACCGCAAUUUCCACAGUCUUCGUACACUAUUCCGGUAAUGGAGAAUAACGCGCCCGGGGCGUUGUUGAGUUCACUCAGUGCUUUUGACCCAGACCUCCAUGAAAAUCAGUACCUAGUUUAUUUUAUCAUAGAAAAGGAAAUAGUUAACACCUCCAUGUCCAUGUUGUUUUCCAUUAAUCCAGAGAACGGUAACCUUUACGCACUAAAGACAUUUGACUAUGAAAUAGAAAAAGAAUUUCUUUUCCAUAUCGAGGCAAGAGAUUCUGGCGUUCCGCCACUGAGCAGUAAUGUGUCAGUUCAUAUUGUUAUUACGGACCAAAACGACAACGCACCGCUCAUAGUAUCUCCGUGGCGUGCGCACGGUUCCGUGGUGGAAGAAAAAAUACCCAGAUCCACUGAUAAAGGAACUCUGAUAGCAAAAGUGAUAGCCAUCGACACAGAUUCAACACAGAACUCACGGAUUACUUACCAGUUUCUUCAGAACACCGACGCAACUCUAUUUAGUUUAGACCAAUUCAACGGAGAGAUCCGAACUAUGAGAAUGUUCAGUUAUAGAGACGCUCGUCACCAGCGCCUGGUAGUGAUCGCCAAGGACAAUGGAGAGCCUGCGCUCUCUGCCACAGUCACCAUCAAAUUAUCGACAGUGGAGACAGCUCUUAAAGCCUAUUCUGACAUGACGGAAGUGCCUUUAGAGUAUGACAUCUUCUCAGACUUGAACCUGUAUCUGGUGAUCGGGUUGGGCUCGGUGUCUUUUCUUUUACUAAUUACCAUAUUGGUCACCAUUGUGCUGAAGUGUCAAAGACCGAAGCCCAGCAAAGCGGCUCCACCUUCUAGGAAUAGUGUGAUCAGUGAGAGGAACUCAACCAUUGCAGAUUCCACUCUAGUAUCCAACGACGCAUAUUGGUAUAGCUUAUUUUUGGCUGAGACAAGGAAGGGCAAGCUUGUAGUGAGACAGCCCGUGCCGAAGGGUACGAGAUACAUCGUGUCAAGUAUUCCUAGGAGCACUGGACUUACUGAGACUAGCGACUCUGCAGCUUCGACGCUACAGGUAGGAAAACUCUACUACUACUUUUCUUCUAGUAUACAGUUUUGA